CAGAGCAGAGACAYAUGCAACACACAACCACACGCAUUUCCUUUCGGAUCAAUCGCAACCAUGCURUUCCCGGCCGUCCACCAACUGGGAUUCCAGGCCGGCCAGGCCGUUUCGAACUUUAUCUCCAACACCGCCAAAAUGAUGGACACGAACAACGUAAACUCGGGAACGAUCCUCGACGUUCUGACCGAYUCUGAACUCCUGGUGAAAACAGCUUCKGCAUUUCUGCGCUACGUUUUGACCCUCCCGAGCUUGUACAAGACCUGGUGGUUCAAUCUGGUGGCGAAGGACCCGUUGCACGUCGCCAUCGAAACCAUCAUGCUGAUGAGCAUCGUUUACAUGAUGCUGUCGCGAUCCACGGAAGGAUACAAGGACAGCAGCAAAGACAAACUGACCAAGCGGGAACAAGAAGAGUUGCUCUGGGAGUGGAAGCACAAAACAAGAGCGCCCCUUGCGCCUCCGUUGAAAGAGAAAGGCAACGGCAACGGCAACGAUGACGAUGACGGCAAAAAGAGCAACAAAGACAACAACAGCAAGAACCGCGGUGUCCACUUUGACAACGACGACGACCUUCAAAUUGUGGUCCAGAAGCAAGAGGGAAAGUGGUUGACUGUCACGGUUCCGGAUCACUGGAUCACAGAUCCCAAGCAACGCAAAAGCACAAACGCCACCACGGGGAACAAACRCGGCCCCAAAAACGUCUCGUCGAAAAACAAAACCGCGAAGAAAUCGAAAGCCGACAAGUCCAAAACAACGACGCCACCGCAACGAUCCGAGGUAGAACUAAGGGUCUUGAAUUUUUGCAACUUUGAUUUCCUGGGCUUUCAAACCUCCGAAGCACUCCGCCAAGCCUCCACCGAGGCCCUGAACAAGUACGGCUGUGGCUCCUGCGGCCCCCGCGGAUUCUACGGGACAAUCGACGUCCACCUSCARAUCGAGGAGGAGAUUUCUCGCUUUUGCRGGACCGACCAGGCUAUCUUGUACUCCGACGGGGCUUCUGCCUGUUCGAGCACCGUCGCGGCCUUUGCGAAGCGUGGCGAUCUGCUAGUGGUCGACGAGGGGGUGUACGAGCCACUAUCGACGGGUGUCUAUCUGAGCAGGGCGAACGUCCACUGGUUCCGGCACAACGACAUGGAAGACCUGGAACGCGUCCUCAAAGAGCUCCAGGCCAUCGACAAGAAACUCGGCCGAAAACCGGGGGCUCAGCGCCGAUUCAUCGUCGUGGAGGGGCUGUACAAGAACCUGGGCACGAUUGCACCCCUGGACGAGAUUGUCGCCCUCAAGCACAAAUACAAGUACCGAUUGAUACUKGACGAAUCCUUUUCGUUUGGAACCCUAGGGAAAACCGGACGGGGAACCCUGGAAGAACACGACAAACGCCCCAUGUACGACGCGGAGAUCACGACGAUCGCCCUGGAAAACGCCAUGGGCAGCAUCGGUGGUGUCACCGUGGGGAACGAAGAGGUUGUCGACCACCAACGCCUGUCGGGAGCCGGAUAUUGCUUCAGUGCAUCGGCCCCUCCGUUUACUUCCAGUGCCUCCAUAGCGUCCCUGCGGGUCCUCGAGGAGCGGCCGGAGCUGGUCGAGCGCCUGCAGUCGAACGUGCGGUAUACGUACCAACGGCUGCUACAGAAAGUAGACCAACACAACACCACCAACAAGACGAAAUGCUACAACCUAGUGGUGACCAGCGACUCGAGGUCGCCCAUCGUGGUSYUGCAGCUCGAACGGGAAUCCGUAUACGAGUCGGCCAUCAUGAGCGGCAUCAUGCGGGAGUGCCUCCAGCGCGGGGUGGGCAUCGUCGCAUCGACGACGCCCCUCGAGGAAACCCUCGGCGAGGCKGGCGGCACCGCGGCGAGCAGCAGCUGCGCRACGGAACUCGCCCCCUGCAUCCGCAUGACGGUGUCGUCCCUGCACACAGAGGAGGACGCCAACACCGCCAUCGACGCACUGAUCGAGUCUGCCGCCCUGGUGACCAGCCGGUAUGCGGCGUCCUCCCCAGUGUCACGAACCACAUAGUGGCACGAACCUGCAUUCAAUACAUAAAUAGAACGGUCUAGACGAGAACUUUAGUAUACGGCACAAUGGUAAGUGCACUAUGGUUUUCAGACUCCGCUAUGCAGCGUUUGGAGUCMAAAAGAAAUUMUAUGGUACGAUUGUACUGUACCGCAACCUUYCUUAAUAAAAAUAAUAAGGUUAU